AUCAAUGAGAAGGUCUCGAUGGGCACCGCGGAAGGCGAGUUCAGAGAGUAGCCCUCAGAAUCUCCGCGAUCGUGCGAUAAAGCUCGCGCACAACUCCCAUAUGUAUUCGCCCUGCAAUUUACGGAAACUAGUCCUACAGCCUAAAGAAGCGAGUGCUGGGAUAGCGAGCAACUACCUUCUGGGUCAUCCGGAAGACCAGCCUGUGUAUGGCAACAGGGAGCUCGUUCGGAAGGAAGUCAUUCAUGUUGAGGAGAGCUCCGCGUUGCCUAGGUUGUUGACUUUGCCGAUUGACAGCCGCUGUGCUAAGUCCAAUCGCGACACGGCAUCGUCAAGAGUGGAGAGCUGCGAUAGCGCGCUACGAAUUUCGAAGUACUUGAAUGAUGUGAGCCCAUCAGCUUCCACUGUGGAAGGAUUGGACUCUGUUGAAGUCGGUGAUUAGACUAACGUGGUGAUCAUAGAUACUAGAGUGUAGUGCUACUGCUGUAAUUGUAUGUACUGUGGAAGUCUCAUUCGAACCAGUAUCAAUAUUUUUGGCAAAGCACUGCUCAUCUCCCACCGUGAUCAUCAUCAUGGGUAUAUCACAUGUUCUCUUUUUUGAGGUUUCGUAGCGUUACACUUUUUCUGUCUUCGUUAUGAGUACUGUUGCUGCUCAUCUCGUCGCCUUAUGUGCCUUAUGUAGGGUUCCCGACACAUGGCGUUUUGUAACGUGGGUUUAUUCACAACUCUCUAUUACCACUGAUACUAUCAGCAUCGCAUAGACGUGGUGUCGUUGGGAAUCGUCAUGCGCGUAUGUCGUAAUCUUGGCUACUCGGUUGAUGGGGAGAGUUCGCAGUAUCCCCAUCUCCCGAGUGAGGUUUGUUCAUACCCUCAUGCUCCAUUAUAACCCGACGUAUCUCCUCUCUGGUUCGACUACCUAUAGCUGGUUUCUGUACCACAUAGGUUGGGCCUCCUACACAAGAUGAGGCCAGAAGAAGUUUGCUGUGGAGUUGUCGGUCGGGGAAUAUAGAUGCUCUGUCUUACUUCGGUAUUGCUGUGGUCCAACUACUGAAGCUGCGUGUCGGACCCGUUUUUGCUUGUCUAUUGCUUGCUGCACGAUCUGUAUGGGUCGCGCGGUAUCGUUUACCAUAUACGUUGUCUUGAGAUGUAAGUGCUAUGUAAUUUUUACAAGACUUUUAUCAGCACCAUUUUCCUCUAUUGUUGCUGUUGUUUGACCUUGAGGUGCACCAGUUUAUUGCUUGAUGUUAACGCAUAUCAUGUAGUGAGCUCAGAACUCAACCCUAGCUCUUGUUUGGUCAGUUAAUACUCCUCUACGGUCAGUUAUAUCCAGCUUGUCGCUGCUUGUUGCUGAUAUAACUGUCGACGGUCGGACUGAC